UUUGAGAACUAUCAUAAAGAUACAAACCUUCCUGGUGAAUUAUCUGAUAUUUCAAACCCAAAGCAACUUGAAGAAGAGCUUUGUAAAUACUUUACUGUAUGCUGUAAGACUAAUGGUGACGAAUAUUCUGUUGUAUCCCUUCAAUCUGCAAUUAAUUGUACAUUAAAUGGAAAAAUUAAAAUGUUGUCUUCAAGUGGGUUUGGAGAAUCAAAUGGUUUUGAUGCUUUAACAAUUGAUGAAGUUCAACAAAUUUUAUCGCAUUCUCAAAUGUCAAGACUUAAUCCCCAAGGAUUACCAAAUAGAGUUUUCUUUUUUAAUGUACUUUGUCUUGGUCUACGUG